AUGAGCAGACUUUCUACGUUCUUCCGCCUUUCCACCAACAUAAAUGCCAUGAAGGCAGCCGAGCAAAAGCGCAAGGGAUUCGUCCUCAGCAUUUUCAGAAGAAUUGCUUCAUUUCCUGAAAACUUGGAGAAUUGGCUACUUGGGCCACUCUACCUUUUGCUGCGUUCCGAAACAUCAACGAAGCCUCCGCUUCCAACUGCAACACAAUUACCUUCUGUUCAAUUGGACAAGCAGUCAGACAGUUCAAGCAACGACGAGUUUUUCGAUUGUGAAAGCCCCAAGCAAACAAACUCUUUUUUGGAGUUUUCAGCCUCGAAGCUUCCAGACCAGAAGUCACCUGAAAGGACUGACCAGAAUUCGCUAGAAAGUACCGCUACAGAAGAAGCAACAAGCACCAGCGUAAACCAGAAUUUCCUAAUUGAAAAUGAAGAUUUUUUGGAAUCCGGUGAGUGGCAGAUCGUACGGUCACGCAAGAAGAAGACUUGCAAGGAUAUCACAAAGGCUAGUGCUCCACCAUCCAUUCCUGGCAGUUUGAAGGAUUUGAGAAGACUGGAUCACCACGUUGUAGGGAAGUCCAAGGAGCCCAUUCACGACAACAGCAAGCUCACGCAGGAGAACAUCUUCAAGUAUCUUCUGGUUUAA